AUGAAGCAGACGAGGAGUGUACAAGAGAAGGGUUUUAACUUGGCGACGUUCGGGGACCAUCUGUACCUGGUCCUCAGGUACCUGGUCCUCGGGUACCUGGUCCUCUGGUACCUGGUCCUCUGGUACCUGGUCCUCUGGUACCUGGUCCUCGGGUACCUGGUCCUCGGGUACCUGGUCCUCUGGUACCUGGUCCUCUGGUACCUGGUCCUCGGGUACCUGGUCCUCGGGUACCUGGUCAUCGGGUACCUGGUCCUCGGGUACCUGGUCCUCAGGUACCUGGUCCUCGGGUACCUGGUCCUCUGGUACCUGGUCCUCUGGUACCUGGUCCUCGGGUACCUGGUCCUCGGGUACCUGGUCCUCUGGUACCUGGUCCUCUGGUACCUGGUCCUCUGGUACCUGGUCCUCGGGUACCUGGUCCUCGGGUACCUGGUCCUCGGGUACCUGGUCCUCGGGUACCUGGUCCUCGGGUACCUGGUCAUCGGGUACCUGGUCCUCGGGUACCUGGUCAUCGGGUACCUGGUCCUCGGGUACCUGGUCCUCGGGUACCUGGUCCUCUGGUACCUGGUCCUCGGGUACCUGGUCCUCUGGUACCUGGUCCUCUGGUACCUGGUCCUCUGGUACCUAGUCCUCGGGUACCUGGUCCUCGGGCACCUGGUCCUCGGGCACCUGGUCCUCUGGUACCUGGUCCUUGGGUACCUGGUCCUCAGGUACCUGGUCCUCAGGUACCUGGUCCUCAGGUACCUGGUCCUCUGGUACCUGGUCCUCUGGUACCUGGUCCUCUGGUACCUGGUCCUCGGGUACCUGGUCCUCGGGUACCUGGACCUCAGGUACCUGGUCCUCGGGUACCUGGUCCUCGGGUACCUGGUCCUCGGGUACCUGGUCCUCGGGUACCUGGUCCUCAUGUACCUGGACCUCAGGUACCUGGUUCACAGGUACCCGGCCUACAUGUAG